AAAACCCCAGGCGUCUCUCACGCUUCCGCCGCUUUACAACUCCCCACCCCAGCCGAUCCCAACGCACACUGCACCCAGUGCGGCGGCCGCCGGCAAUGGCGGUGCACGGCGGCGACUACCUGCGGCGGUUCGUUGCUGAGACGGAGUGGUACAACGAGGUCGUCCUCAGCGCCGUGGCGCCAGGCGACUGGUGGCGCGGCCUGCCGCACCCGGUGCAGUCGUGGAUGCGCAACUGCGUCGGCGGUUACCUCCUCUACUUCAUCUCUGGUUUCCUCUGGUGUUUCGUCAUCUACUACUGGAAGCGCCACGCCUACAUCCCCAAAGAUGCCAUCCCCACAAAUGAAGCUAUGAAGAAGCAAAUAGCUGUAGCAUCCAAGGCUAUGCCUUUUUACUGUGCUCUUCCAACUUUAUCUGAGUAUAUGAUCGAGAGUGGAUGGACCCGGUGUUACUUUAAUAUCAGCGAAAUGGGUUUUUCUGCAUACCUUUGUUAUAUGGCUAUGUAUCUCAUUUUUGUGGAGUUUGGAAUUUACUGGAUGCACAGAGAGUUGCAUGACAUAAAGCCACUAUACAAACAUCUGCAUGCGACCCACCAUAUUUACAACAAGGAGAACACCUUGUCUCCGUUUGCUGGACUCGCGUUUCACCCACUGGAUGGUAUUCUGCAAGCGAUACCGCAUGUGCUUGCGCUCUUCCUCCUCCCAACGCACUUCAGGACGCACAUCGCUCUCGUGUUCUUGGAGGGCGUGUGGACGACAAACAUCCACGACUGCAUUCACGGCAAGGUAUGGCCAGUCAUGGGCGCUGGGUAUCACACCAUCCACCAUACGACUUACCGCCACAACUAUGGCCACUACACCGUCUGGAUGGACUGGAUGUUUGGUACGCUCCGUGAGCCAGAUGAUAUCCUCAAGAAGGCCUGAGUUCGUCGUAGCUGUGGUUUUCCUACGGUGCUGGAUGUGCUUGGUCUGUUCUGUCCCCAGUGCCUCUAAUCCGCUGAGCCUGUUCAGCGCUCUGUUUCUGUAGGCUUUGGUGUGCUAUUUAGUUUGCUAGGUUUUAUAUGUUGUGCUUAUUCUGUAAUUUAGUGAUGUUUGUCUCAUGACGCAACGGAGUUCAGGACGAAUAAAAAGAAAGAUUUGCUAGACA